UGCGUCGCAGAUUGAUGACGUCACGUAGUUAGCUAGCAGCAGGUGCUGGGGCAGCUAAAAUGUCUGUAGCUUCAGCUCCUUUUCAUCCCCGUUCUUCUCAAACGUAAACGUUUGCAGCGGUCAGCUUCAGCUCAGGAUGUCUUGGGUGAAAUCUGCGUCCCUUAAUAGUGAAGAUGUUUUCGACGAAAACGCGGACGAGCUCAAAUUACAGAGCAAAGAGUGGACGUCCAACAUGAAGAAACGCGUCAAGGACGGCUACGUGGAUGGAGUUGAUGCCGGGCAGGAAGCCUCUCUUCAGGCCGGGUUUAACUUGGGUUUUAAGGAGGGAGCAGCCCAGACUGUAGCUGUGGGUCGACUCCGAGGAAUUCUGGGGGCUGUGUGGUGCUGGUGUCAGAUCCAGCAUCCGGAAAAACCCGUUCCCACCUCCGUGACCGACCUCCUGCAGCGGGUUACAGAACAUGAAAGCCAGAUCAUGGAGGACAUCAGGAGGGCUUUGGAAAACCCCCCUCCGAGCGUGAGUGACAUUUCGGAGAGCAUGGACGCUCUGGAGGUGGAGCAGGAGGAUCCCUGCCACUGCAAAGAUGGAGGGAAUGGACCGUGCUGCUCCAAGAGAGAUGAAAAUAUGGAUGUGGACAAUCCUAUUAAAGACCAAACGAUCUGUUCUGGGUCCAUCAGCUGUUCCUCCAGCUCAGGUGAAAGUCUGAACCUGCUGCUGCAGCACUGUGUGGAUCUAGUGUCAGAGCUGGGACUGCCGCAGGAGCUGAUUGAUCACAUAAACGAGCUGAGGAGCAUCAAUCAACCACAUUAGUAAAAAUAAAAAUCUGUUAUUUAAGUUUUCCAGACAGAAGGUUUUGCUGCAACAUUUCUCUUUCUUAAACAUGUAAUUUUUAUGGUUUGUAAAUACUGAUUUUGAUAAUAAAUAUCUGUUUGGAUCCAAAGCAGAAGAUGUGUAAAAUCAAA